AUUUUAUAAACGAAAUGUCUGCAAAAAGGAAGCUGGAAUGGCAAAUACCUAUACUGAUUUUGCGUAAACUCGGCUUACAGAUACCAGCAGGGUUAUGUCUUGUCCAAGUAACGUGGGACUAUGGAGUAAAUACUCUCAAAUCCUCCCUAGUUCGAAGAAUGGUCGGCCCUCUCCAAAAUCCUUGAGGCUCAAAGACAUAUAUAUAUAGAGCUUAGUUUACAAUGAAAUGGAAUAUUGAAUCUCUCAUCCAAAAUCGGGACAUUUUAUUUGCAUUUACUCAGUCUUCUCUAUCUAAAAUACUGCACCAUUACAAUGACUGAUCUUAAUGUCUACCAAGAUGAUAGUGUUACGCUGCCGAAAGCAGACCAUGUACAGUUGAUUGAAGAUCUUUUUCAUCAGUUCUUGCUCGCACAGAAGGCAACUCUGUCACCUCAAAUUGUCGACAUUGCGACUAAGGAAGAUACUGCACAAAUGCGAGAUGCCACAAUACCAAAGGCAGAUGGUAUGCCUAUGGAUCAAGUCAUAAGUGAUAUGGUCAAGAUCAUGUCCCACCGAGUGGCAAUGGAGCACCCCAAGUUUUUUGGUCUCAUUCCAUCACCCAUAAACGAAAAUUCAUAUUUGGGGAACAUAAUAACAACCAUGUUCAACGUUGGUACUGGUAGUUGGUAUCAAGGCUCCGGCCCUAGCACUGUCGAGGAUACCCUCAUAAAGUGGAUGGCUGAGCAGGCAGGCCUUCCAUCUUCUGCUGGUGGUGUCUUUGUGUCUGGAGGCACAAUGGCUAACUUGACUGCUGUCGUAACUGCGCGAGAUGCCAUGCUACAGUUUGAUCAGAGACCAAAAGCAGUGAUCUAUGCUUCGAAAGAGACUCACGUUUCCGUGACCAAAGGCCUGACUGUGGCGGGCUUUCUCCGAAGCCAGAUCCAUCGCGUGGAAUCCGACUCAGAUUUUCGGAUCGACCCCCAGAGUCUGCGUCGGCAAAUUGCGAUUGAUAGGAAGAAUGGCUUGGUGCCGUUCUUAAUCGCUGGAAGUUGCGGGUUUACUAAUACCGGAGGCAUAGAUGACCUAAAUGCGCUUGCAGAUAUAGCCCAGGAGGAAAAUCUAUGGCUGCACGUCGAUGGUGCCUACGGGGCAUCUGUAGUUCUCUCAAAAGAUCACAAGGGCUGCGCCGACGGUCUUGGGAGAGCAAAUAGCUUGUCUUGGGAUCCUCAUAAAUGGCUGUUCCAAAUCUAUGACUGUGGCCUGGUACUUGUCCGGGACAAGCGCCACCUGGUACAAAGCUUCAACACAGAGGCUUCAUAUAUUCGGGACGCAGAAGAGGUGAAUACCGAUACGGUGAAUUUCUGGAAUCGCGGUAUCGAGAUGUCUCGCUCUGCCCGAGGGUUGAAGCUCUGGUUCACCCUCCAACGAGUGGGCCUCGAGAAGAUGGGAGAAAUGAUUGAUCAUGGAAUCUACCUUGCUGAAUUCGCGGAACAGACUUUCCGAGAGCUUGAGAACUGGGAAAUCCUAUCAACAGCCUCGUUGGGGAUGUUCAAUUUUCGGUAUAUUCCCCCGAUGGAGAACCUUGACCCCAGCCUGGAUGUUGAGAAGUGUUGCGAUGAUAUCAACGCCGCUAUUUCUCGACUGGCAGUGGAACGAAACAUCGCGGCACCGAUGACGACGAGACUCCGCAAGGCUUUGAAUCUUCGGAUGUGCACGAUAUCCCCGGAGCUGAGCAGAGAGCAGCUCUUUGAGGUUAUCCAGAGCAUCGAUCUGAUCGCCAAGGAAGUUGAGGCGUCUUUUCUAAAGGAACAUGUUUUUAAGCUCUGA